AUGGCGUCGCCGUCGCCGUCAACCACUACGGCGACUACAAUGACGUCGUUUCUAUCACCGACACAAAGGUAUGCUGCCGCCGCAUUAUUCGGACUAUCCCUUCACGAAUCCCAAGUCAACCAGACUCGCAUUCUACCCUUACCAGCUUCGGAUGACUCCAUCUCCAACACCUAUCGAAUCAGUAGUAGUAGCUCUAGCAGUAUUGAUUCUGUGUCUGAUGAUCCUGAUCUCUGGGUUCACCAUCACUCCGGUUUACUCCAACCCAUUUUCAAGUUUCUAGAUAUUGAUUCAUCUGCGUGGUAUGGAUUAGAAGAAACUGCUGGUUCUUCUUCUGCUACACAUCAUGUUGGACCAUAUAUGAGACUGCUUUCACAAGAAUUUGAUGAGGGUUCUGCUGAAUCUUCUCAAAGGCUAGACCAAGAACUUGCAUUGUCAAAAGCUGUUGAUGCUAUAGUACUUGAGUUGGAAAAGAAUUUGCAGACUUCCAACUCUAAAAGAGAGAGGCUUAAUGAGUACCAGCAUCAGUGUCGCGAAAAAUUUUCGGCACCGGAUGUUCAAUCUAAUUCCGAAAAGGCAGAUGUAAACUUUGAAACUCAGGAUGAGACUGAUGUUACCCCUUUAAUCAACUUUGAAGACAUAGACCAGGGGUCUAGUAAUAGUAAAAUUGAAGAGAGACCUGCAACAUUUACACAAGAAAAAGCAAAACGAUUACAAAGACUGCUAAUUGAGAAAGACAAAAGGGGCAGUCUGCAACACACAACAAACCGUACCGCCAGACAAUACCUGCAAAACAAAACAUCCAGCCCACACACCUGCAGAAAUCGUACCAUGCCUGCUACAAAUUCACUCCACACCAGACCAACAAACAAAAUCCUGCACCUGAAAAUGACUUGA